ACCUGGACUCCUGGGGAGCUGCGCCCUUCAGGUUCCUCCAUACUUCACACCCCUGGCCAAGCGGUGUCGCCUCCAGCCUAGAGAUGCUGCCAAGAUGCCCGAGAGCGCCUGGAAGUUUCUCUUCUAUCUGGGCGCCUGGAGCUACAGCGCCUACCUGCUCUUCGGCACUGACUACCCCUUCUUUCACGACCCACCCUCUGUCUUCUACGACUGGACGCCGGGCAUGGCAGUGCCCCGGGACAUCGCAGCCGCCUACCUGCUGCAAGGAAGCUUUUACGGCCACUCCAUCUAUGCCACGCUGUACAUGGACGCCUGGCGCAAGGACUCGGUGGUCAUGCUCAUCCACCAUGUGGUCACCCUGGUCCUCAUCAUCUCCUCCUAUGCCUUCCGGUACCACAAUGUGGGCAUCCUCGUGCUCUUCCUGCAUGACAUUAGCGACGUGCAGCUGGAAUUCACCAAGCUCAAUGUCUACUUCAAGUCCCGCGGGGGCUCCCAUCACAGGCUCCAUGCUCUGGCGGCCGACUUGGGCUGCCUCAGCUUCAGCCUCAGCUGGUUCUGGUUCCGCCUCUACUGGUUCCCGCUCAAGGUUCUGUACGCCACGUGCCACAGCAGCCUGCGCUCCGUGCCUGACAUCCCCUUCUACUUCUUCUUCAAUGCACUCCUUCUGUUGCUAACCCUCAUGAACCUCUACUGGUUCCUGUACAUCGUGGCUUUUGCUGCCAAGGUGCUGACAGGCCAGGUACGCGAACUGAAGGACGUGCGGGAAUACGACGCGGCAGAGGCCCAGAGCCCCAAGCCCAGCAAAGCUGAGUGA